GCCGAAGCUAUCCAUACCGCCGUCUUACGGAGCUUGCUGGAGAGAGCACUACGCUGUGAAUCUCGUUGUAGGCAAUGGUUUCCUAUUAUGAUAUAUCCAAUCCUUUUUAAACAAUAGUUCUUAUUUUCGGGACAAGUUGUGAAUAAUUACAUAGGUUUUAGAAGUCACCAAUGGUCCAGCAUGAGUGCGCCUAUCGGAUCCCUGCAGCUGUUUGCGUUGUCCAUUUCCCCCCAAAUCAAUAUAUGUUGGCUGAUCUGCAUGAAAAAUUCUACCACGGUCGCUCUUCGUUCGUGUUCUAUUGCAUUCCCCUAAAUAAUCGUCAUGUCCGAGUCCUAUGACAUUGUCGUCGUAGGCGCUGGGUGGUAUGGCCUCGCCGCUGCGAGAGCUUGCGCGCAUCUCAUCUCCAACUGUAAAAUCGCCAUUUUGGAGCGUGGAGAAUCAUGCGGCGGAACGUGGUCCAAAAAUCGACUCUAUCCUGGCCUUCGAUCGAAUAAUAUGUUUAACACUUUCGAAUACCCAGACUUUCCCAUGUUGGGAGCAAAAUACAAUGUUGGCAGCGAUGAGCACAUUCCUGGGCCGGCCAUUCACGACUACUUGACUGAUUUUGCCAAGCAUUUUGAUUUGCUUGGCAAGAUCCAAUUUAACGUAAACGUUGACUCGGCGGAAAAUCUUGGUGAUAACGGGUGGGAGCUUGCAGUGACUGGACUAGAAGGCGCCAAAAGAGUGGUUACAGCGCGGAAGCUCAUUGUCGCAACGGGUCUAACGUCGGUUCCUAAUAUGCCACACUAUAAAAACGCAGAGUCUUUUGAAGCUCCUAUUUUCCACGUCAAGGAUUUUGGAAAGCGGUCCAGAAACGGUGAUCUUGAGGGAAACAAGAACACCGUUGUGGUAGGGGGUGCCAAGUCAGCCUUUGACAUUGCCUACUCCAUGGUCGAAGCAGGCUCAACCGUUGAUAUCGUCAUUCGCGACAGUGGAAAUGGUCCUGCCUGGAUGGCUCCAUCGUUUGUGACGCCUCUCAAGAAACGGCUUGACUUUCUUCUGUCCACUCGGUUGCUGACGUGGUUCAGUCCAUGCCCAUGGGGUCCAGAGGAUGGAUAUUCUCGCAUACGACGAUUUCUCCACGGCACCGCAGUGGGAAGAUUCAUCGUCGACUCAUUUUGGAAGAUUCUGGAAGGCGACGUUACGACGAGCAACGGGUAUGACGACCAACCUGAGACACGGAUGCUGAAGCCUUGGAACGCGGCCUUUUGGUUCGGCGGCGGUUUGGGCAUUUUGAACCACGGCAAGAAUUGGUUUGAUCUUGUAAAGAGUGGCAAGAUUCGGGUACAUAUUGGGCAAGUUGAUCACCUAGAAAAAAGAGCAGUCUUGCUAGCGGACGGUACGACGCUUAGCGCCGAUGCCAUCAUCUGCGCCACGGGUUGGAAAAAGGUACCGUCUAUCCAGCUUCUUGGUGGCACUACCAAGACUAGUGGUAUCUUGGAGCUCGAUCGCUCGCCGGAAGAUCUGAAGCUACUGAAAACAAGAGCGGACAACGAAAUUCUUGCCUCUUUCCCUCGACUCAAAGAUCAGCCAAAAUCUCUCUCGAAGGAGCCAGCAUCUGCGCCUCCGCGUCUCUAUCGUUUCAUGGUGCCGCCUGCUAAACUCUUCCAGCACACAAUUGCAUUCGUAGGGUUCAUGUCGACUGCAACUACCGGCCCUUGUGCUUACGCGCAAGCUCUUUGGGUAGCUGCGUAUUUUCGUGAAAAUGUUGACAGGAUGCCUCGGAGCGAAGACGAAGCCAUUAGAGAUACCAUGCUGCAUACGCAAUGGGGCAAAUGGCGACAUCCAACCGGAUACGGAGCUUCGAUACCAGAUUUUGUGUUUGAUGGUGUCCCGUACAUGGACAUGUUGUAUCGCGAUCUAGGGCUGAACAGUCACCGCAAAAAGGGCUGGAUGAGCGAGCUGGUCAGUCCGUAUUUACCAGCUGACUAUGCUGGUUUACUGGAUGAGUGGGAGGCAAAGAAUCUAUAGACAAGACAAGCCUAGCAUACUCACGAUUUUAUUUUACAAUUGUUGAAGUGAAAAUUCGCAUCCAAGUUUCCCAAUCAUCGGUGAUGAGCUAACUUGUACGGCGGGGUUAUAGACGAAUCACCUAAAAGGUUACUGAUCAUAUAGAAAUCACAUUUGUAUAAAUAGAUUCAGUCUAUUUCU